GUUCAGGCAAGCGCGGGAUCGGGAAAAACUUCGAGGAAAACAAAACAACGAAGUCGUUGCUUGUUUGUGGGGUUCCUUUGUGCUUGAAAACAUGAAAAGGACUUUUCCACGGGCCCAGCAGAAAUCGAUCAUUAAGAAAUAUCAGAGUAAAGCAAGGCUCUCACGAAAUGCUGACAUUUUGAUCUUUCUAGACUACAUACUAUUUUUAAAACGAUUGGCAUCAGAGUCUAAUGUCAAGGCACAGGAAAGUAAAGAGAAGACAUUACAAGCUAAUCAUGUUAACGCUGUUUUAAGGAAUGUGUUAAAAAGUUGCAAAGGAUAGAAACAAGGGAAGUUUUGGAGCUAUGAAAGAAUACUGAUUUCACAAACAGUAUGGAUACUGAGGACAACACUUUUUUGGGAAUUAUUCCUUAAAGCAUUAGACCUAUUCAUUAAAACAAAUAGACCUAUUUUUAUUUGUUUUAUCACUAAAGAUGUAAUGUAAAUUAACUUUGGACCAUGUGUUCAGUAACAUUUAAGUAAUAGAGCACUUCUUCCAUGUUUACCUAGCCCCAUCUAAUCACAAGGAGGAUUGGGAGCAUUCAAGACAGUUGUGCAAACCCAAGACAUAGUCGAGGGUUUGUAUCAUUUUCGAGAGUUCUCCCAGGCCCCGAGUGUUUGGAUGAGGUUAUGUAAACAUGAAGAAAGUGCUCUAUUACUUUUAUAAAAUAAUUCUCAAAAAUACGAAUCUAAAACAUCACAACUGUGUUUACAUACUCUCAUCUAAACACAA